AUGCCUCAAAAACAGAACGCGAUAUUAAUCCAACAAGAAGGUCGAAUCACUCUGGCUGUUCAGGCCUUUCAUAUGGGCCAGUUUAAGAGCGUACGACAAGCUGCUGCUACCUACAGCGUGCGACAUCAGCAGGUCUCUCGGCGGCUUCAAGGAAUCACCUUUCGGCCCCAAGCAUUUCCAAAUUGCCGCAAGCUUACUAUACCUGAAAAGCAAACCAUCGUACAGUAUAUUCCUCAUCUAUUCGAUAGGAUUUGUCAACCGACUUUGUGA